CAGGAGGAGCUCAGCUAAACAGUGACACUUUGAGAAGACAAUUCCGGACCCUCAGGGUUAAGAUGGUACUUCUGGGAAGCUCAGGAGUGGGAAAAUCAAGUUUGGCCCUGCGAUUUGGCAAGGAUGAGUUCAGAAAUACAUCACCGACUGUGGGCUGUGCGUACCUGACCAAGGUGGUGCAUCUGAAUGAUGUCACUCUUCGCUUUGAGAUAUGGGACACGGCAGGGCAGGAAAAAUACCACAGUGUCACUCCACUUUACUACAGAGGAGCCCACGCUGCACUCUUGGUCUAUGAUAUCAGCAAAAGGGAAACAUUCAUCAGAGUUCAAGUGUGGCUCAAAGAGCUGGAGAAACAGUACACCGCAGGAUCUACUGUCAUAUGGCUGGUAGGCAACAAGGGAGAUCUGACUCAGGAUCGGCAAGUCUCAGUGCAGGAAGGACAGAAUCUAGCCAAUGACAGGGGAUUAUCCUUCAUAGAGACAUCAGCCCUGUCAGGGGAUCACAUCAGUGAGCUGCUGCAAGCUGUGGCCCACAGAGUGUACGAGUGUGUUGGAGCGCAGCAGGGAGGUCUGUCAGAGUGGCAGGAGACACCGCUUCUGGAUCUGCAACAUAAAGACACAUUCAAUCCUUUUGCAUCCUGCUGCAAAGUUGGGCCCUAACCUCUACAACUCCAUCAGUUUUAUCGAUGUAUGUCACAUUUUCUCUCCGUCUUAAUCAGUUUAAAGCUACACAAGGCAGCUGAAAGCAGGUACAUUUCAAAUCUGUCAAAGGCUUGCAGAUUCUAAAUCUAAUUCUCUGCCUUUUUGAUUCCUGAUCCAAUGCACAACACUGCUUUUAUCCUUAAGAGAACAACCAAUGAAUGCAUGUUCAGGAUAUUUUACUUCAUUACCAGAGAAGAAUUAAGGCUUUAAGCUAUUCAGUAUCAUACAUGACGGACAAGUCCUUGGCUUUGGGGUUACAGUUUACUUUUAACUCCAUUUGUUGAUGAUCUUUGCUGGUUCUGAUUUCCCUCAGUGGGUUCAGGAUCAACCUCCAGCAGACUGUAAAUGCUCGGAGUCUUUGCCAGAUGUCGAACUGAUACCAAUUACUUUGAUUCAGUGUCUCCUGCCUUGUGACUGUCUGUGUGUGAUCACACUUGAGCAGAAAUCCCUCAGAGAGGCAGAGUUCAGUCGAGUGUGGUUCCCCAAAUUCCUUUUGCACAAUAGAGACCCUGUCGAGGUUCAAAAAGGUAAUAAUUGAACCAGAUUUAUGACAGUCUAAGUUUUGGAUGCGUUUCCAUCGUGCAACAAUAUUCUGCAUGCUGCUGUCUUGGAGGCAGAAAUGAGAACUUUUAUAGUACAGAAAGAACUUUAAAACAUGUCUUGAAUAUUUCAUGUUUUUACUGGCUGUCACUCUUUGUCUAGUUCUGCCAACUUAUGGUAUACUAAACCAAUGAGAGUGUUGUUUUUAAAGGAAUAGUUAAAUAUCAAUUUCAUGUCUGUGCAUUAAGCAUUGAGCUGGAGUCAGGAUAUGUUUAUCUUGCUUUGUCCCAGACUUCUGACUCACCACCUUCAUUUGUUCAGCAAUUUAAACAGAAUUUAUUAAGUUAAGGUGAGUUUUUAUUUAUAUAAGACAUUUUAUACACAAGGAAAAUCACAGUGCUUUACAUCAUGCAAAAGAUUAUAAGGACAAUAACAAUAAAAACAAGACUAAAAGAAGCAAG